CGAUUGGCGCGUUUCGACACAGAUCGGCAGCCAAAAUCCUACGCAAUAGUACGGUAGUGUGCGGCAGACAGGCACAGUCAGUGUGCGCGUCGUAUCUUUUGUUUGUAGCUCGCUCGUAAAAACGACCCUUCAGUCGUAUCGCCCGCUACUGCGAAACCCAGCUGGGUGCAAUCACACCACAAGGGCAGACCAGAACGAUGAGCAGCAGGUUUACUACAUCGCGAAGUUGCUGACUCCGUCCAGCUGACUUUUGGACUGGGCCAUUGUGUUGUUACACCUACAAAGUGUGUACUGGUGCUGUCGAUUAGUGUUCAUUUUAAGUGCGUCUUAUUUUGUGUGUGGGCUCUCCCUGCAUGCCGUGUCGGUCUGCCCGUUGUGAUCCGAUGAUCUGCAUCACCAUCUGCAUCAACACACGGCGUUUGGGAUUGCAAGAAAGUAGUGUGCGGCAGGCUGGCCGUAAAUAUUGAACUUGUGUAGUGUCGUGCGAAAGCCUUGCGAGCGCAAACAAACUCCUUCUCUCCGUAAGCCAGGUGCAAUCUUUAAACCCCCCCCCCUUUUUGCCGUAUGGUAAACAAACCUCAGCACAACCCUCGCGAUCAUGGCGUUAGAAUCGCCCGUCCGGCACACCAUCGGCCAGUUGUGCGAGCUGUGGGCUCACAUUUACGAUAGCCAUUCGUCAGCGGACAUUUACCAGCGGAAACCGGAGAUAGAACAGUUCCUCGAAGGAUUCAACCAGCUUAGCGAGGAGGAUCGUUUACAUCUCGAUCGGUUGAACCGGUACGAGAAUAUUUCAUCCGCCUUAUCACGACAGCUGCUUUUAUUGAUAUACGAAAUCUGUGAUCCCGCCGUAAAACGGUACGCUCGGGCUGAUUCAACAUCCACGACGGUUGGAUCGCGCAAUAAUUCUUCCACUGCUACUAUCACCACCCCACCCGCCGCCUUCGACGAAGCAAGCCAUGCAGGGGAAAGAACGCUAGAUGGCAACGCCGAUGAAGAGGAGGCAAAAUCGCUUCUUCGUGCGGAUAGCAGUGAAAGCCGUUGCCAGUGGUUGAAGGAUUUCUUUCUCAACGACAUUGGUGGUUUGUUGCUAAAAACGCUGUCCAAAAUUGGUGCCAAAGAUAUUGCAAACAGUCGUGAAAUAGCGGCCCUACUGGUACGCAUUCUACCGACCACGAAGUGGCACCCGGCGGACAGUUGCCCGACGAUCAGUCCGCUUGCGCUGCAACCAGGAUACGGCGAAUUUUUGCGCAACGCAUUAAAAAUGCCCACCUACAACGGGGACUGGUAUCGCGACAAUUUUAAACGGUCCUUACAAAAUGGAGGAACCACUGCGGCGCUGCUCCGCUCGUACUCGAGCGCACAGGAAGGUAGCGGGUCCGGUACGAUACCGGCAGCCUUUGUACGGCAACUGAGUGGACCUAAAACGUUCGCCACCACGGCUGACUAUGCCAGCGCGACACAGCACCUGCAUCGGUGCACGGUGAGCGAUUCGAAAACGCUUUCGCAAGAUCAAUUCACCCUCACCGUGCUGGAUCUGCUGGAAAGCUUGGUCGUGCACGAAAAUGUGCUCACCAUCGAUGAAAACUCCGUUACCGUGUCUUGCCUGCAUGUGGCACUGGAGCAGCUCAAGCGCCAGGAACGGUUGGAGGAAAGCCUGGAGAAUCGACACAUUAUACGCCACAAACUGCUCGGCCUGGUGAUGCUGUGCCUGAACAAUAUGUUUUUUCUCGAAUCGCUCGACUCGAACGAUCUUAGCCUGCGUGCGGUAGCGUCCGAUAUGAUCGAGCUGUUGCGGGAAGAGUUAAACGAACGGCCAACCGAUGCACUAUCGUCAGAAUUUACCUACAAUCUAAUCUACACGAUAGUGGCCGCGGUCAAUCAAACGUUUCUGCACUUCUGCCACAAUCUCGUGAGCGAACAGCUGUUUCUGACGAUAGUUAAGCUGCUGGAAAGUAAUGUUGAGAUCGUGAAGCACACGUACAGCUACCUGCAGCUCGGAACACGCGCGUGCGGGUCCAAAAACGACAAUAACAACCGGUACGAUGUGGAACCAUGCGUACAAAUGAUGCCAAACUGUUCCUCUGGGUUGAUUGAGAUACUGAUAAAAAUGUUACAGAAUUUCAUUUUUGCCCUCGCACCAACCAGAGCCAGCUACAGGAAGGCACGGAAGAGCCGCUUCCGGUUGCAUCAUUCGCGCCUCGAAGCUCGCAACGGAUACGUGUGUGCGCUGGAAAACCUGUUGCUCAAUCUGUUCCCGCAGGUGAAACACUCCGACCAACGGUUGAUGGUGAACUUUUUCAAGGUGUAUCAGCUUUGCUGCUGCAACACGAACGCAAACACGCUGGAGGUGCUGAUGAAGCUGUCCAAUGACGAGCUGAUACCGAAGCUGCGGCUCACCUUUGCAAGCCGUGCCGUGGUGCACGCGAUCUUCAACCGAUCGCAGUGUGAAACGUGCGAAUCGGAUCGUGCAGCCAACACGUUCUACGAGCAGUUCACUCGCACCCAUCGGGAGGUGUUUGGAGAGUUUAGGCGGAUGGAGAACCGAUCCCGUAUGCCAACGUUUCUGCGCUAUCUGCUGGAUAUUGCCCGAGUUAUUCCGUACCGGUUGCGAUCGUUUAUGUUGCAAGAGCUGGUGCUAAAGCUGCUGCAAGAUGAGCUCGAUCGUAUGAAAGAAGGAAGAGAGUCGGAACGCACGGUCACCAGAUUCGCCAGCGAGGAUGACGGUGGAAAGGAUAUCGUAAACGCCUGUCUACUGAUUGUCUGUCGUGUCGUCAUGCAACAGGAGGAACGUGAGAUGAGUCUGUUCUAUCGCGAGGAAACGUUGGAACUGUUGCGGGUGCUUAGUGGACGGGUGGAAUUUGCACACAGCAUGCAUCUCAUCAUGACGAUCGGCAUGCGCGGUGGUUCGUUGACGGAGGAGUUCGAGCAAAAGCUGGCCGAAAUUCUGUUCUCCAACUUGGAUGAGCAGAUCGCGUAUGUCGGAAGUCUUUUUACAACAAUUUCCGACAGCAAGCUGGAUGUUCCACUGAAAUCCAUUGAGAAGCAGUCGCCGUCGAGGCGGUUGCAGCGAGAAGAAUCGUUAGAAACGAUACUGCAACUGCACCAGGAGCACUGGAAAACGGUUCGGCAAUUGCUGAAGGAAAGUAAACGCUUUCGCAAGCUGUUCCUGCGCCGUUACGAUGGCGCGAACGGAGUUCGACAAUUUCUAGAUCUCACGUACAACUUAGCGAGCGUUUGUCUUUUUCGCAGUCGGCUUAAAUCAAUUCAAGAAACGGUACCUACGCUCACGGAACAAUCUUCCGCCCUGUUUCAACUAACGAACCACGGCGAACAGCUGCAUGGUUUCGAACCGGAGCGAAGAAGCGUACUGAACAUCUUUCACUUUAACGACCAGCUUAUCGAUGGUUCGCUAUCGAGUGCCGCCAGCCUGUACUAUAGUGCCACUGCUAAUGUUGCGCAUGUUGGAACCAUCCCCACACCCGGGACGCUAGAGGAGGAGGAUGAUUUUUCCUUCUUGCGAGAACUGCAGCUCGCUACGAUCACCGAAGAAUGGCAGCGGGAGUUUCUGUUUCCCAAUGGCCAAUCAGCUGUACGUGAUAGUAAGCUGGAGAAGAAGUGGUCCCUUACGGAGCUGUUCAACAUCCGGCAGAUGCUAAGCAACCUGAUGGAGGAAAUUCUGGGUGGCCCGGAGCACCAAGACUCGCAGGAACGACGCAUCAAUAGUUUGCCAGCGGACGCCAGAAAGCUGCUGAUUGAGACGGGAAAUCCAACGAUAAGGAAAAGGUUAACGAGCCUACUGGAAAUUGUCAUGGCUUCCAUGCAGCUCCUCAUGGACGGUCUGCCGGGCAGCACUGAGGAUUGUGAAAACUUAAAACCGGAGCUGGCAAACGCGAUGCAGGUUGCGCUACUGGAGUUGAAAAAAAUGCUGUUAAACUGUGCCACCAAAGACUGGGACUGUCCCAGUACAGCGAACAACGUUAUCAACGUGCUGCAUGCACUGCUAAAGGUGGCUGAAAUGCGCAAAGAUUCAGCUGCGAUGCCAUACGUCAUACAGCAAGAUGUUGUUGAUACUGAACGUGAACGGAGUGCUUUCGCGAAAAUGCAAUUAUACGACCACGAGGUAGACCAACUCGUGGCGCCCUUGUACCACGAGGAAGAAAGGGAUGAUUUGAGCUCAACGGAUGAGUCAUUUACAACCGCGCGGGAAGACGGGUACGAGGGAGACGUGGAAAUCGAUCCAUAUUCUCCUGCGGAACUGAUCGCGAGAAAGCAAUCCAUCGGAGGGGUGAAACAGUGCAACGCAAACCGUUUGGUAAACGAGCAAAUCUGUACAAUCGUAACGGAGAUUCUGGUGGAACUGUCAAGACGUUGCGUGGAGCGUCCCGACCACUGGUGCCCCGUACUGGCCCAGAUGGUGGUGAAGCUGAACAUUAUUCGCAACUAUCUCGGUGGUUCGCUGUACCUCAUACGCGGAUUUGCGACGGUCCUGCAAACGAGCGAUGCACGGCUGAAAGAGCUACAGGCAGCCAUCGUGGACUUGAUCGUGGAUCUGGACGUACCGGAAGUGUUGAUCAAGUUCGUACAGCUGCUGGGACACAAGGACCCUCCGGUGCAGUUGAUUCUCACGAAGCUGGCAAAUCUGUUCGAGGCCGGCUCCGGGCUGGAAUGUUACCAGUGCGUACAGUUUCCAGUGCUACAUGCAGAUCGCACAUUUUCCUCCUCCUGUGACGUACUGUUGGCGAAAAAGAUAACGUUUCUGCGAGAGCAUCAUCUGUUUUUCAACGUGCGUACCGGGCUGACGGACGCCGCCACAAUUGUACCCUUGAAUUAUGCCAACUUUUACCCGUGGCAUGGUAGCGGCUUUACCGUUUCGGCGUGGGUUCGUGUGGGACAGCUAGCCGACCGGCAGCAAACGGACUUUACGCACCUAUUUUCCGUCGGCAGUGAAAAGCAAAUGCUGUCGGUUUAUUUCAACUCCCAGCGCCAGCUGGUGGUACGGUUCAGCAAGCCGGACCGGCUGAUAGCACCGACAAACACGAAGCAAUAUCUCAGCAAGGCCAUCAGCAGAUCGGAGUGCUGCGACAACUGCACCAAGGAAAUGCAGCACUUGUGGAUGUACAAACACCUGCUGCGGGGCAUGACCGAGGCGGCCUCACACACGUUUAUGCUCGAUACACCGCGCGCACAGUGCGUGUACUGCUUCAAGCAGCUGCCCGUUGGACAGGCAUGGAAGGAAGCGGCCGAGUACAGCGUGGAUUCGAGCGCACCGAAACGGGUAGAUCCCGACCCAGCCGAUGUGCUGCUGCGCCAGUGUACGAUAGGGCAGGAUUGGUGCGUACCCGAAGGGUGCUGGUCGAUGCUAACGUUCGCCGUACAGCAGAACGAUGAUUCGGUGCAGGUAACGGUUACGCAUGACGGUGUGCAACAGUUGGCGCAGUUUUCGCUACCAAAUCCCUGCAAGAUACACAUCGAUACGGAUUUAACUGUGCUUUCCGUGGGGCACCGAUCGGGCGGACCGAACGAGUGCUCUGUUGGGUACGGCCUGUCUGGUGUGCACGUGUUUAGCAGAUGCAUUACGGACGAGGCCGCUUUAGCAAACCUGUACGCCAUCGGGCCGAAUGUUACAAAUUUCGUGGCCUUUGCCUCCGGAUACAUGAUUCCAAACUAUGGCACGCUAAACUUGUCGAAACUUUCAACCGACACGCUGCGCACAGUGGCUUCCCUGCAGCUGCUAGAAAAGGCCCAUCUAGGGUACCUGACGGCCAACAAGCUGGAAUCAUUCGUGGCUCGCCAUCAAAACAUAGGCCUAAUGUCGUACGCUGGCAGGCUGCGAUCGAUAGAAAUUGAAUCGUUGCAGCGAUCGUUGCUAACCGCCGGCGGUGUGUCCAUUAUGCUCGUAUGCUUCGCUCGUGUUGUGGAGCUCAGCGAAUCGCCCGCACUGCAUGUGGCGGCUCUGAAGCUACUGCUUCGCGUCGCUCAUUGCAAUCACGAUUUCUUCAACGAGUUCGUUCAGUGCAACUACCUCGAGUUGAUCGGCGUAGUGCUGAAGAACAAAAAGUGCCACAAAGAUGUCGCCCUGCUGACGACACUGCUGGAGGUGGCAUUCGAUCAGCCGAUCGUGGCGAAGCGGGGCGAUCACUAUCGCGUACUGACCACCUCCUCGGCCCGCAUUCGCUACCCGGGCAUGGUAACGUUCCUGCUGGAAAACUUUCAAAUCUGGAUCGACCAAUCGGAGGAAGUGCUGGACAUUCUGCUGUCCGUACUAGCUACCGCCACACGCGACAAACAUCCGGGCAUGAUGUACAACUGUCAGCGCUUGCAGGAUGCGUCCCUGGUGUCGGCACUGAUCGACUUUUGUCGCGUAAAUUUCGUCAUUCCAGCGAAAACGGUCAAAAUUUCACGCAAUGCCGCCGACCUGCUCGUAUCGCUGAUUGCGAUCCUGUCCCAGACGCCGCCGAAGGUGACGCUGCUCAAUGAGAUCAUGGAGCUGCUGCUGCUGAUGCACAAGCCCACCGACAGCUAUGUGACGCACGAUCGACAAAAGUUCUACUUCAACAUAAGCCCCAACCAGUUCGGUGGCGGUGGAAAGCAGCGUGGUGACAGGACGGCAGCGGCUAGUAGCAGCGGUGCUGCCAGCAGUAGUGGACCGUCGACACCCAAGCUGCAGCUGCGGGAUCGACGCCUUCGUCCACAGUCGCAGCUGCGGAAAAUUCUUCCCCUUACAAUCACUUCCGGCAGCAACAGCUCGUUCGAGUCAGCCACGACGAGCUUCAUCAUUGACACAAGUCAGACCGCCACGACGAAUGCAAACAGCAGUCCAAAUACCACCGUUUCACCCGAUGAUAAGAGCCGCAGUGCGACGGCAAACACACCGAAAAGUCCAAAAAUGAGCUCACCAGAUGGCGGUGGCCUGGGCAUGGAGGAGUAUUAUGAAAAGCUAAAUAAAGCCAUUGCCGAGGGGAAAUUGCGUCGGAAAAGUUUGCUCGACAGCAUCGACCGGGGGAGCAGCAAACGGAAGCUAAGACGGUUGAAAAGUACGCCCAACAUCAGAGCUUCGUCUGGUAGCCGGAAAAAGCAGAUCGGAUCGCCUCGCCUCACCGGCGGAUCGCCGCGCAGAGCUUCUUGCUGCGCACGGAAUGAGGCGAGCCGCAGCAAUGCAGGCCCACAGCAACACCAAUCUCAAAGCGCACCAACGACAUCGUCCAUGUCCACAGCGUCCACCACGAUCAGGUACAAAUUCUUCGAACAAAACUACUUCGCCACCGGAAACGACUUCCUGCAGGAGAGCUUCCUGCGCGUCAUGUGUGACUUUCUGCUCAUUCUGCCGGACAGCGAUGCGUGCAAGUUUUUGAGUGGGGAAAACCGUAUCCUGGAAACUCUGCUCAUCCUAGCCAACAAUGGUAAUAUUCGCAUCCGCACCAUGCUGCUGAACCUGGUGGCCGUCAUUGACGAUCGGAUCGAUGGGUCGCGGACAGCGGGCGGCAGUGGUGCUGCUGGAGGCAGCACGGGUCCGUCCGGUGGAGGAUCCGUUUUGCAACAGUACAGCGAGGAGCAGUCGAAGGUGUUCUGGUACCAUCUGGCCAAUCAAAUCGGAACGCAUAGCGUCAACGCGGAGCUGCUGGGCAGCUGCUAUCGGUGGAUAACGAAAUCACACGCGCCGUUGGCGAUGGAUCGCGGGGACGAUCAUCCACUGGCCACGCUGUUGCAGGAUCGGUCGGUGGAAAUCGUGCGAGAAAAUGGACUGAACGUGUUGAUAGCGAUUCUCAUUCAAGCACACAUUGAUCCAACGCUGUUUCGCGGCGUGCUGCACGUGAUAGAGUACGUCUGCACGAAGCAUCGUCGUCGGGCCGGUCAGCACAUGAUCGACAAUGGGCUGGUGUGGGCACUGGUAAAGACGGCAGUGAAGAUGAACGAGAAAGAAGAGCUCGUGCAGGAGGAAAGUAGAGCAUAUUUGCUGGAGUUUUUAACCAGCUUUUCACACCUAAUGAUACUUAGCAGUGUCGCGAAUCCUUUCUGGGAUCUAUUAAACGGACUGACGGUGGCACAAAAGCACAAGAACGAACGUGUAACAAGGGCGGUACGCGAUCUUCACGCCGCCCUGCUGCGGAAUGUUCUGCAAAUAUUCAUCUUUCGUCCCAAGCAGUCAAUUAUUGGUCACAAAAACACUUCUUUCACCGUUGAGCUUGCCGGAUGUGUUCUCUCCAAGUCGGAAGUAAAGACGCGUUUUAAUCGACUGCACGAUAAGGCGAUUCAGUUCGUCACAAACAGUGAUCCCGAGGGCGACCUGUCCGAUCCGGAGAUGGCACUCGUGCGGCACCUGAUGAACCGCACGUUGAAUGGUAAUCCGCGCGGUGGCAAUAUUAUCCUCUGGUGUUUGCUGCCCAAGCGCUCCAUUCGGCUGAAAAUCUACACGAUCAAGCAGCUGGGCCAGUACCUGGAAAGUGGUGGCAACCACCUGUCAGCCAUCUGCGACGUGAAGAUGCUGAAAGUGUUUGUGCAAAGCAUAUUGCUGCUGAAUCAAAAGCACAUCCCGCUGGAAGAUCUGCGCCUGGUGAACGCUUUCUAUCAGUCGAUCGAUGGAGGUUUGUCGCACGGUGCCAGCUGGAACCUGACGCAGACGUUGAAAGAUUUCGAGUACCUGCGUGCGAUCAGCAUGAACGACCAGGAGCAGACAAUAAUGAAAUCGAUCGCACGGCAGGAGAAGCUGAUCUACUCGUGUACGGUCGCGGCGAUGCAGAUUACGCGCAACAGCGUCGAAAAGCAGAACCGGCUGCGCAAAGAGCUGAUCAUACAGCUGCGCAAGGAUAACGAUUAUCGAUUUUACGACCAGUGGCACCGGCUGGUCGAUCGGAUGACGCACGACGACGCACCGUGGUACAAUGCUCGGCUGUAUCCAAACUCCUGGGAGCUGGAUGACACGUACGGGCCGGAUAUGGCGCUGAAGCGCAUGCGGCGCUGCCCGAUGACGAUCGAUCGGCGGUUUCUGCUGAAGGAAACGGUUCCGGAAAGCAAACACGGUGCAGAGGAGGAGCGUGAGCAGACACCGUUGCUGGCGUACCUGUUCUCAAACGACUAUCGGCACGAGUAUUCCGUCGAGGAGCAGGUGCUGUACACGUUCACGGUGCGCAAAACCUCGCCGAGCUACGAGCAGGAGUGCGAAUGCAUCAUAACGAGCACGGAGCUGGUGCUGAAACCGUACGAUGCGGGCGAGCUGGAAAUAUACGACCUGCACGACAUCACCAAAAUCUGGACCAAGCGGUACGAGCACCAGGAGUCGGCAGUGGAGGUGUUUCUCAAGUGCGGAAAAUCGCUGUUCAUCGUGUUUCACCGCGAUCCGAGCGAACGGGAUACGUUCGAAGGGUUCUUCCACGAUCUCGUCGUGCGCUGUGGCCGCCAGGAGCUGGAUCAUUACACGCAGCAAUGGCGCGAAGGGGCGCUCUCGAACUGGGAGUAUCUGAUGCUGCUGAAUCAGAUUGCCGGGCGUACGUAUCACGAUCUCAUGCAGUAUCCCGUGUUCCCUUGGGUGCUGGCAAACUAUGACACCCGGACGCUGGAUCUGCUGGCCGAGCGAAGCUUUCGCGUGCUGGAAAAACCCAUCGCCGUGCAGCACCGGGAGCUGGAAAAGCACUACAUCAACAACUACAACCAUCUGCGGCAGGCGGAGAGUGGCGAUCCGAAUGGCGGGCGGCGGAAAAUACAGCCGUACCACUACAGCUCACACUACUCCAACUCCGGCACGGUGCUGCACUUUCUGGUGCGUGUCCUUCCGUUCACAUCGCUGUUUCUGCAGUAUCAGGACGACAGCUUCGAUAUACCGGACCGGACGUUCCACUCGCUGCAAACGACGUGGAACCUGGCGAGCAAGGAUUCGCCAACCGACGUAAAAGAGUUGAUUCCGGAAUUUUUCACCUUUCCCGAGUUUCUGGAAAACCAGGAGGGUUUCGAUUUCGGCACCCGGCAGUCGGGCGAACCGGUCAAUCACGUAGAGCUGCCGGCGUGGUGUGGCGGUUCCGCCCGCCUGUUUGUGCUGAUACACCGCCAGGCCCUGGAGGCAAACAUCGUGCGUCGGCAGCUGAGCCACUGGAUCGAUUUAAUCUUCGGCUACAAGCAGUCGGGCCAAGCGGCCAUCGAUGCUAUCAACGUGUUCCAUCCGGCCACUUACUGUGAUUUCACCGCCUCCGAUAUCGACGAUCCGGUCAUGAAGCUAGCGCUGGAAACGAUGGUCAAAACGUACGGACAGAUGCCGCGCCGUCUGUUCGACACUCCGCAUCCUCCGCCGGCCAUGAACCCGCUCGUAGCCAAUCCGCCGAAGGUAUUGGAAAGCGUGAUCGGUCUACGGUGGGGCUUGUACUGCGGAAGUCCCAUACUGUCCGAUCCCAGACUGGCCGAUGUGUGGGAGAAGCAUUCGAAAGAAUCGUUGGGCGGCAUUGUGAUAGAGCGCGGUACACUUCCGCCUGCCACACUGGCCACCCUCGAUGGUGAUAAGGUAUUUGUGUUGCCGGAAAAGAUGAACAUAUUUUGUGCGACCGCGCAAGGCACGGGGUCGAAGAAGCAUUACACGAUCAGCUGGGGUGAAAUGGACGAUCGGUUAAGGAUACGGUUGCUCCAGGACAUGGGCUCGACGGAACGGCCGAGGGAACUGUUCUACGGUAGCAACAGCGUCGCGUACGAUCCCAUCACGGCCUGCGGAUCGGAUGCGCACUGUACGAGCAUCUUUUUCGGCCACCGUUCCGGGCGGAUCGUCGUGUUUCAACAACGAUCGCGCCGCAGAAGGGGCUCCUUCUUCAAUCAGAACAUGCAACCGUCGGUCGCGAUGAUGUCUCGCUCGCGCUCCAGCUCAUUCCGUCGGUGGAUCGAUCGAAAGAGCGCCAAUCUGCGCCGUCGGUUAGAGAUGGAUCCGGACGAACAGCAGCCACAGCCGCAGCAAGAGCAGCGGCUACCGCCCGACGAUCAGAUUGACUGGGCGUACCCGAUACAGUUGCUCAAGCACCGGGCGCCGAUCAGUGCCAUACGCAUAUCGAUGGAGUACAAGAUCGCCGUGAGCGUUUCGCUCGACGGAUGUGCCGCCAUCUGGGAUGUGAACAGUUUGAUGUACGUGCGUGAAAUUCCCAAACCGGUCAAUAUGCUGCAUUCGAGGAUCAGCCACGUUGCCAUCAGUCCAACGCUGGGUGACAUUGUGCUGGUACACUCGGCGAGUGCCGGUUCGGCCCGGCCCGCCACAGCGACCACUGGCGGACAGGAGUCGUGGAGCAGUGCAACGUUGGUGGAGGAAGACGAUAGUUUCGAAGUAACGGAAAAUUAUAAUGCUGACUACGUGAACAUCACAAUGGACACGAAUCGGCGCGAUCAGCUGCGACUGUACACGAUUAACGCGCAGUACGUCGAGCACGUGUUUGUCGAGAGUCCAAUACAGGCGAUAACGUACUCCACGGUAAAGGAAGGCUGCGGCGUUAACUGUAUCGUGGUCGCGCUCGAAAGUGGCAUCGUGCGGUUCUACUCAAGCUGGAAUCUUGCCCUACUGCGGGAGGUUAACGUUGAACCGAAUGGCGUUAAGUGCGCCCUGUUUUCAAAGUAUCAACAUCUAAUUCUGCUGACCGCCAGCAACACCGUUCAAACGUGGACGGCCGAAGGUCUGGCCGGGGCUUUGCCGAGCAUACAAGAACCAUAUCAAUAGAGGGUGUACAGAUAGGCUAGUGAGCAUCGUGCAUGUAACGAUCAAUACUUAUCUACAUUAAUCAAGAAGCAUGUAACAUUUGUUGGGUAGUAUGUACGAUUGUUUGUUGAGUGUGUUAUUGUUUAUCGAGAUUAUUUUUGCCACAUUUAUCAACUGAGCAGAGUUUAAAGGGAGUUUAAAUAAAAUAAAUACGCAAGAUUUACAGUUCUACUCUCGA